CUGGUCCACAGAAAGAAAGAAAGAAUGAUGAGCCUCGCCUCCUCUCCUUCGUCUUCCUGCAGCAUGAUCUCCAUCCAUUGCCACCGCUCGCCGUCCCUCUCCGCCGCCACCGCGAGUCGCCGGCGACCGUCCAGGGCGACGACCCGUUUCGCUCCGUGCCGGUCGGUUGGCCGAACGAGGAGGCUCGUGGUGAGAGGCUGCGGCGGCGGCGAUGACCCGGGAGAGAGCGAGGCCGAGGGGACGGCGAGGACGGCGGCGGCGGAGAGGCGGAGCUUCUUGACGCUCGAGGAGGCCGGCCUCGUCGAGAUCUCCGGCUUGAGCACUCACGAGCGCUUCCUCUGUCGCUUGACGGUAUCGUCGUUGAAUCUGCUGAGGGUGGUGGCGGAGCAAGAGGGUUGCUCCAUCGAGGAGCUCAACGCGGGGAGGGUGUGCGACUGGUUCUUGAAGGACAAGCUCAAGCGAGAGCAGAAUCCUGAGUCCGCCGUUCUUCAGUGGGAUGACUCCGAGUUCCAACUUUGAAUUUUGCUGCUGAAUUUCUCGGAGCAUGACAAAGCUCGUCUUUCAAGUGGGUUCAAAUGAGUGUAACUUCUGAAGCCAGGAGGUCGGAGCACACAGCCCGAAUGAUACAUGAACUCGCUCAAUUCUUUCAGACAAAUUACAGUGUAGUUCGUACGUAUGGGGAAGGGAAUGUUUGUGCCUGACUGGUUGGCCGGUUGGGCAAACGAUUCUCGUGAUGUAAAUCCAUGGCGAUGCUGCUCUGUUUUCCACUCAAUGGAGAAACAGGGGACUCAACCAAAUUCUGCAGAAUGAAGUGACUUCAGUAAUAUUUCCAUGAAUUAGCAGCAAUCAAAGGAAUCUACCUUGCUUGCUGAAUUAUUUUAUCAGCAGUUUUUCGAGGACAUGAAUCGAAUUGAUUCAAUGAGUGUCCUAGUCU